CGCCGCGAACGAACGCUCCGGUCCUGGGCUGAGAAGCCGGAAACGUCAGCGACUCAGCCGCACCACGGGACUCAGCCGCACCGCAGCCCCGCCGCCGCGGCCCUGCCUUGUUCUCUGCUGAGGGCGCGCCGCCAGCGCAGACAUGGCCAAGUGGGGCCAGGGGGACCCGCGCUGGAUCGUGGAGGAGCGGGAGGACGGGACCAACGUGAACAACUGGCACUGGACAGAGCGAGAUGCCACCAGCUGGUCUAAGGGGAAGCUCCGUGAGUUCCUGGUGGGCAUCGUCGUGGAGAAUGAGGCUGGUCGCUGCCAGAUCAGUGAGCUGAAGCAGGUGGAAGGCGAGGCUUCCUGCAGCAGCCGCAAAGGGAAGCUGAUCUUCUUCUAUGAGUGGAACAUCAAACUGGGCUGGAAAGGUAUAAUUAAAGAAUCUGGUGUGAAGCACAAGGGAUUGAUUGAAAUACCCAACCUUUCUGAAGAAAAUGAAGUAGAUGACACUGAGGUGAACGUGAGUAAAAAGAAAGGAGAUGGGGAUAUACUGAAGGAUCUUAUGAAAACCGCAGGCACCGCCAAGGUCAGGGAGGCCCUUGGAGAUUACCUGAAGGCACUAAAGACGGAAUUUACAAUGGGAAUGAUUUUACCAACAAAAGCCACGGCAACACAGGAACUGACUAUUAAAAAGAAACUGAGUGAAAAUACCUUGCAGACUCAGGUGCCCCUUGGUGUGAGGAUUCCCACUAUAGCACUGCACAUGACGGAACUGUUCGACACAGCUGUGGAACGGCUGUACAGCAUCUUCACUGUCAAAGAUCUGGUACAAAAAUUUUCUAAAUCUCCUGCCAUAUUAGAAGCUGAAAAGGGAGGGAAAUUCCAAAUGUUUGAUGGGAACAUCACCGGUGAAUAUAUAGAACUGUUAACAAAUGAAAAGAUCGUCAUGAAAUGGAGAUGUAGGAACUGGCCAGAAGAACACUAUGCAACAGUUAUACUGAAUUUUGUGCCUGCUCUAGGGCAAACGGAAUUACAAUUGGACUGUAAAGGAGUUCCUGUCUGUAAAGAAGAGAAUAUGAAAUUCUGUUGGCAGAAACAGCAUUUUGAAGAAAUAAAAGGCUUACUGCAGCUGACCACUCUAAAUGGUUGAAUUACAAGAUUUUAUAAGGGCAUUACUUUUUGUAAGCAGAAAAGUGUCAUUACUUC